AUGGCUGCUGGCAUGGAAGCUGUUUCUGAGGUUACCACUGUGCAAAAUGAAGACGAUGAAGAGGAAGGACCAAAAGAGUGUGGUGUGUGUGGUGACAUGGCCAAGGGUUACCACUUCAAUGCUCUGACAUGCGAAGGCUGCAAAGGCUUCUUCAGACGUGCCACAAAGACGUCCCCGCAGCUCCACUGUCCCUUCCAGAACAAUUGCAUCAUAACCAAAAGCAACAGGCGAUCAUGUCAAGCCUGCCGCUUCCGGAAAUGUCAGGCCAUUGGCAUGCGCGGAGAGAUGGUCAUGUCUGAGAAACAGGUACUGGAGAGGAGGAUCCGUAUCAAGGAGAAAAAGUUACAUAACGCCUCAGCGCAGCUUUCACUCCAACAGGACCAAGUGGUCCAGAAGCUGCUCUGCAGCCACCGCAGCACGUUUGACUCGGCGUUUUCACGCUUCACGGGCUUCAGGCCGAUGGACAGGGACGUGCAGUCAGAGCACGGCCAGUCUCACCCGCUGGCCAAAUGCCCCACGAAGACCUGCUCUACCGCGGAGAAACCCUCUGCUGACCUCCCAUCAUCAUCAUCAUCGUCAUCAUCGUCACACGCCUGCUCCCUCUCCCCCGCCUCCUCCUCCUCCUCCUCCACCUCCCCCAGUCUCUCGGACUCCUCGGAGAUACGCGUGGACUACGAAGCGGACGGCAGCAGCCGGGUUUACACAGCCCUCCCGCAUAUGGCUGACCUCACCACGUACAUGAUUCAGGACAUCAUCCGUUUUUCCAAAAGUCUUCAAGACUUCCGCUCUCUCAGCAUGGAGGACCAGAUAUCUCUGCUGAAGGGCGCCACGUUUGAAAUCAUGCUGAUCCGCUUCAACAUGGUGUUUAACCUGACAACCAGCAAGUGGGAAUGCGGCCAUUAUAAAUACUGCAUACACGACGCGAUGCGAGCGGGUUUCCAGCCUGUCCUACUGGAGUACAUCUUCAAAUUUCACCACACACUGCGCAAGCUGGACCUGCAGGAGGAGGAGUAUGCGCUCAUACAGGCCAUUUCCCUGUUUUCCCCAGAUCGCCCCGGAGUGCAGCAACACGCCGUGAUCGAACAGGUCCACGAAAGCUUGGCGCUGACGCUAAAAGCCCUGAUUGACUGCAAGAGAACAGGCCCAAAAAAACACCUGCUGUACCCCAAAGUGAUAGGCUGCUUCACGGAGAUGAGAACAAUAAACGAGGAGUACAGCAAACAGAUUCUGCAGAUCCAGGACAUCCAGCCGGACACAAUCUCCCCCCUCAUAAUGGAAGUGGUCAGCACAAACACCUAUUCUGACUCUAAUGCCGGCAAACACAGUACAAAGAUCCCUGAAGAUCCCUGCUCUUAG